CGGUCCUAAGAAACAUUUGAAGCGUUUAAAUGCUCCGCGAGGAUGGAUGUUGGACAAGACCGGCGGUACCUUCGCGCCGCGUCCGUCCACCGGCCCACACAAGCUGCGCGAAUCGCUGCCGCUGGUGAUUUUCCUGCGUAACCGUCUAAAGUACGCACUGACCAACAGCGAGGUCACGAAGAUCGUGAUGCAGCGUCAUGUCAAGAUUGACGGCAAAGUGCGCACCGAUCCGAACUAUCCUGCCGGUUUCAUGGAUGUGAUUAACAUCCAUAAGACUGGUGAAUACUUCCGGCUCAUCUACGACGUGAAGGGUCGCUUCACGGUACAUCGCAUUACCAGCGAAGAAGCCAAGUACAAGCUGCUGAAGGUGAAGCGCGUCCAGAUUGGUCCGAAGCGUGUGCCGUACUUGUUGACGCACGAUGGUCGCACCAUCCGCUACCCAGACCCAGCCAUUCACCAGAACGACUCGAUCCAGUACGACAUUGCCACCGGCAAGGUGCUGGACGUGCUAAAGUUCGAACCGGGCAACCUGUGCAUGAUCACGGGCGGAAGAAAUUUGGGUCGUUGCGGCACGGUGAUCCUGCGCGAGAAGCACCCGGGAUCGUUCGAGAUUGUGCACGUGAAGGAUACGACCGGACAUGUGUUCGCGACGCGUCUUUCGAACGUAUUCAUCAUCGGCAAGGGCACGAAGGCGUACAUCUCGCUGCCGAAGGGCAAGGGUGUGAAGCUGACCAUUGCAGAGGAGCGUGACCGACGACUGGCCAACAAGGCUGCCCAGUAAGAAGCCGCAGCUCAUCGGUAAUCU